AUGUACAUUGCGUCUAUUCUAGUUGUUAUUAUUUCACUUCUCGGAGCAUACAACCUUGAUCUCUUCAACAGCGCUCCACGAACCACCACCCCAACCGCCUACAGCACGCUCUCACCAGACUUUCCUUCAAUGCCCACAGACGCCUCGAAGCUGCGCAUUCUGACGCAAAACAUGUUCAUGCGUCCGCCUCUGAUCAAAAACAACAGGAGCGACUGGAAGGACGCCCGGCUGGACUACUUCAUCGAGCACAUACUGCCCAACUACGACAUCGUCUGUCUGCAGGAGAUGUUCGAGUAUGCGUCCAGCAGGCGCGCGCGGCUUAUGGCAGCGGCGCAGAAGCUCGGGUACCGGUAUUCAGUGACCAGCGAGCGGCAGUUCCUGUGGAACGUGGGCAUUGACGGCGGGCUGGUUAUCCUGAGCAGGCUGCCGGUGGUGCAGACGGAGAGGAUGACUUUUCAGCGCGGAAUGGGCCCUGACUGGUUGGCCAUGAAGGGCGUUCUGUACGCCAAGGUCGCGGUGGAGGGCGGCACGCAUGCACAUGUGUUUACUACGCAUACGCAGGCGUCCUACGGCGAGGUUGUUAUUACGCAGCCGGAUGUCAAGCGCAGGCUGGCGCAGCUGUACGAGUUCCAUGGGUUUAUAGAGGCUGUUCUGCCCAGGCACAGGGCUGCGGGGGAGCCGGUUAUUCUGUCGGGCGACUUUAAUGUCGAUUCGAGAGACCAUGCACGCGUGGACGCCUCGGUCGGGUAUGAGCGCGAGGUGGAGGACGGCGUGGCAACGUCGGAUGAGGGCCAGGCGAUGAUGGCGAUCCUCCGCGGGCAUGGAAUUGACCCGCGCGUCCUGGGCCCGGACAACACGGAUACGUUCAAGGGCAAGGCUGUUUACGAGUUCCACGACUCGCUGAAGGAGCGGCUCGGGUACCACCCGGUGACGUUUGGCAACAUCGUCGUGGACCAGCAGGGCAAAGCGCAGCCGCGCGAAACAGUCCUGACCACAGAGCACGAUAACAUGGUCAUGCACUCUAUCGACUACAUACUGUGGUACAACCCUGACGAGCACCCGGGGGGCAUGUCAGCGCAGCUGGAGGACGUCGGCGUGGCCCCCAAUUUCACACCCGGGCAGGAGUUUUCCCAGAUCUCCGACCAUUACGGGGUAUCGGCGGAGAUUAAAUUUGUUAAGAAUUAA